AGAAGCGCCGCGAUGAUCCACAGACUUUUCCCCGGCGCGCUGAACUGCGGCUGCGGGAAGUUUCGUGCGUAAAGACGCGCGUGCAGAUGAGAUUCUCUCACUCCUCCCUCCCUCCCCGCUUCCCCUCAUUUACCCCUCAUACCUAUUCUGGUAUCUCACCACACGACUAAAUUAGACCAAAGAUGAUAAGAGCACAAAGCAUUAUAAUUCCGCCGGGCUCCUCCUCCUUCCAGCCAUGCGUCCUAAUUAAUGGGACACCCCCAGUCGCAAAAAGCCCCGCACUGGACUGCAACAGAGUCAAAGAGUGAAAGGGAAGAGGGCGACAGUGCCACUGGAGAUAAUUGAUCACCCACCAAUCAAUGAUAACUUGUUAGUAUUCGUCAACUCUGUGGAGCUCGCCAUUUUCAGGGAGGCGUCUCACUCCUGCGGAUCCGGGACCGGCUCUCCGAACUCCUCGGAUUAAGAUCCUCUUCCUGCGCCUCUUUCCCCGCUUUGACUUCGCCUCCAAACUGUUAUGUGACUUUUCCCUCCCGACGGCCCCGCGUGUCUUUCCGCCUCCAAAAACGCAGCCCGCAGACCGACGAUGACAUCCAAAGAAGUGGCCAAGUGUGAUGCGGGGGGGGAGCACCGGAGGAGAAGUCCUCUGGACCACUUGCCGCCUCCCGCCAACUCCAAUAAGCCGCUCACCCCCUUCAGCAUCGACGACAUCCUCAACAAGCCGUCGGUGAAGCGCAGCUACACCAUCUGCGGCACCGCUCACCUCAUCUCGUCCUCCGAGAAGCACCGCGCGUCCGGCAUCCCGCUGUCCAGCCGCGCGCUCCUGACGCAGACGUCCCCGCUCUGCGCGCUGGAGGAGUUAGCCAGCAAGACCUUCAAGGGGCUGGAGGUCAGCGUUUUACAGGCGGCGGAAGGCCGGGACGGCAUGACCCUGUUCGGCCAGAGAACCACGCCGAAGAAGCGCCGGAAGUCCCGGACCGCCUUCACCAACCACCAAAUCUACGAGCUGGAGAAGCGCUUCCUGUACCAGAAGUACCUGUCGCCCGCCGACCGGGACCAGAUCGCUCAGCAGCUGGGCCUGACGAACGCGCAGGUCAUCACGUGGUUUCAGAACCGGCGGGCCAAGCUAAAGCGGGACCUGGAGGAGAUGAAGGCCGACGUGGAGUCGGCCAAGGCCAUCGGCCAGGUGCCGCUGGACAAGCUCGCCAAGCUGGCGGACCUGGAGAAGUGCGCAAACGGCACGCUGGGCCACCCGCGCGCCGAGUCCCCCGCGCGGGGAGGCCAGCAGGAGCACGAGCUCGCACAGAAACUGCGGACGUCGCCGCUGUCCCCCUUCUCGGACCACACAACAAGUAAGGAGUGCUCAGAGGACGAGGACGUGGAGAUUGAUGUGGACGACUGAUGGCGCGGCGCCGCGCCUCCGGAGGACUUGUAAACUUACUGCUUAUAAUGUAAACCCAUGAGUCCGAACAUGAUGUACCAAAAUGUAAUGACUCCAUACCGGCACAGACCCACAGUGACGCAUGACAGGAACGGCCUCCUCUGUCGGACAAAGCAAUAUGAAACAACACCGUCACGAUUCUUUUAGUCUCCGCGCAGUGCACGUGCACACCUGUCCUCCACCUGCAGAUGAGCGCGCGCGCCUGUUUGUUUUCCACACACAUUUUGCAUGAAAAUGCAUGUUUUGAUUUGUGACCAUUAUCUAUUUAUUUCCCCUCCUUUUUUAAGAAAAAAAAGAAAAAACAUUUUAUUUAAUUGCUUUUCUGUCACUGACGAUGAUGACGACGCGGUGUUCUUUUGUUUUUCCUUUUUUUUAAUUAUUGUUUGGAUACAACAGAUUUGCAGAAAUGUUUUGUACACCUGGAAGUGCCUUUCUAAAAUCAGGACAUUAUUUGAAAACCAAUGCACAGACUGUAUUGUACAUAGGCUACUAUGGGAAUAAAAUUUGCUUUUGGGAA